AUGACGAGUUGGAAAAUAACUUCUUCUAAAAGUUUAUUCGUUUUUGCGACAAUUGUCUUAAUAGCUUUCGCAGCAGAAUCUGAAGGUUUGAUUUAAUUUUCGAGGUUUUUUAAGGACGGCUCUAUCUAAACUCACUGGUUAUGGGAUCCUCAACAUUCCAGUUCAUUUUUAGGACGAAAAGGUUGGCAGAACCCCAAUGAUCCCACAUUUGGUAGGUAUAGUGCUCCUUCUCUUCAAGGGAAAAUAAUCGACUCCCGAGGGCUUUCUGAGGUAAAAAAAAACAGCGAUCGAGAAAUUUUUCACAUAUUAGGUAACUUCACCUGCUCCGCCCACAACAGAUCAGAAUUUCAACGUUUUUCGAUUAUUCGUUAGCCAGUUGAUGCGAGAGUUAAAAGUUGAUGUGGAUGAGCCGGAUCGGGUUGAUAAAAAUAUGCGGUGAGCUUUUGAAGACUUGAGAAGAGGAAAGCUACGGCAAAGUUGGAAAAUUGUCGUCGAUUAUUGCGUCGGGCUCAGCAGACUUGGAAAGUCAAAAGUUUCUGAUUUCGGUUUUUUUUUCAGAAAGUUUUUUUUUGCGAAGAACUUCAAUUAUAAAACUCAUUCACAACUUCUUGCUUCUUCAGAAUUUCUUCUUCAAAUCAUCACAAAGAAAGCUAAUCUUUUUUUUUUCAUUCACUGAUAGUCAAAAGAAGACUGGUAGGCGCGGCAAAAAGAACUCUAUGAAUCAUGAGUCAAAACGUCAAACCAGCUGUCUGCAUACCAGAUUCAGACCUAAACGGCAAUUUUUCGACUUAUUGAAACGCAGCUUUUUUUUCGUCUUUGAACUUUGAACUCUAUUCUGUAAAAAGAAACGAGACGAUCAGACUUUCGAUGUCGAAGCAUGCCGUCUCCGUGUUGUCGAACUACCUGAACGGCAAAAAGCCAGACAACCAGGCGAGUCGCGAAGAAAUCCGCUCUGUCCUGUCCGGCGUCUUCUCACUGGUGGAGCAAGUCUGCUCUAUCGAAAUAUCAUCCAGUUUUAUUUCAAGUCUGAAGAGCAACUUCCGACGCGGUUCGAGGAAACCAUGCAGAGGAUGUGGCCCUGGAUCGCUACCGGCAACUUGUUCAUUUUACCGGCCGCCGUCUUUUUCAUUGUAAAGUCCAUUUUGAGGCGAGUUAGUCCUCUUCAGGAAAGUCAGAAGGAGUUGUUCCCUGAUUAUAAUGGAUUAUCUCACGAAGGAGCUGUUUUUCAACUUAUAUUUAUAAUUUUCAGUUCAGGGUUAUGCUGUUUUUCAACACUUAUCUUUACAGGCCGAGAGCUUUUUGGGUCAUAAUUGUUUCUACCAUCUUCCUGGUAUCUGUAUAUACUACUUACAACAAGAAAUAUCAGGUUAACGGCAAAUUUCAUUUCAAAAAACCUUUCUUUGCUCAGGAAGCUGAGGCUCGUCGGUUUGCCCAAAUUCAAAUGGCCAGAAAAGGCGAUCCUUGCGCUCCAGAGGGCCUGGCCCAGCGACUGUUCGAUUCCCUCACCUCUUUUGUUCAUUUUCGGAGGAAGACUUCUUGUCAGGAGUACAUUGAAGUAUUAAUGAGCCAAAUUCCCUUUCAAAUGGUUGGUUUUAGGCUCAAACCAUGUCCAUUUUCAAUGAAAUAUCAUUAGUCGAGACGUUUUUUGAAGUACUUUCAAGCGGAUUUUUCUCCAUGUUUUCUGGUAGUGCUACCCACAUCAACAAGUUCUUCAAGUAUAGUGAGAACUCUCGAUUCUUGGAUCAACAGUAUUUUCUAGGAAUUUGUACGAUGGAGCUCCAUUGCUCGCCCAAAUCGUAAUGACCGCUUUCCUGGUAUUAAUUUUUGAUUGAAACAUCUAAUUCUGAUAACUCAGAUCCUCGUUGUUGGCAAAAUCAAAACACCUUUCUUCUCCUACGAACCGGCAGGUGGGUGGUUAGGAAAUUGUUGCUCGAUGAUUGCUUUUUGUUGGAAUUUUGAAGGAGCUUCAGCUUAUUUUGAGAAAACCCCAGGACGAAGAACCGCUUUCAGUGUUGUCCUGACUGACUCACGUCAAGCUUUUGCGUUUUUGAACUUCGAAGAUUUUCUUAAAUCUCGAUCUAUUUUCAAAAAGUUUCAGUCACUUUGAGCUCCGUCGGAGACGCCAUGGGCGCUAUGGUCAAUUGGGUGACGGAAGAUCGUCCGGAACAUUUGAGAAUAGCUGAAGCACAGCCAACGGCUUCUUCGACUCACAAAUCUAUUUCAAAGUUUAUUCUCAAACGAAAUGUCCAUAAAUUUCGUGUAUUAAGACCGUCGAGAAGAGCUAUCGAGAAUAAGAAAGAAACUGAAGUCACGAAAAAAGGGAGAAAGUUUAUUUUUUAUUUUGUUCGAAACUCAUAUUUUACUUCAUAGGAUUGAAAACGAGGAUUAUCUUCGAAAAAAGGCGGAAGGAGAAAGCGCAGAGAGUUGUCUGAGCGAUUGUUCUCAGGUGAACCAUAUCCUAGUUUUUUUAAAACAUAACUUUCAAGGAAGUUAUUCUGGAAAAAAACGUACGAGCAUCAUUAAGUUAGACAGUUAUUAUUAAAAAUGAAAAGGUUCUACUGGAAAUAUAAAUUUUUUUGGAGUUGUAAUAAUUUUUUUCUGGACUUUUCGAAAAGAUUAUGUCAGUAGAAGAAAGUUUAGUUCAUUUCAUAGAAAGUUUAGAUUCAUUUCUAUCAAUAACGGGUUUUUAUGCUUUUCAAGUGUUCUUAGAAACGCAAUUUUAAGUGUUUUUAGAUACCACAUAAUGGAACUUUGAUCUCUGUCCACUUUUUACUGUCUGCAUUUUCUAACUUUUACGAAUUUGAUCGUCUAUUUUUCGGAAAUUGACGCAGUUUUAGGUGACCGACGAUGAAUCCUCUCUAACGCCUUCUGGAAGCAACAUCACCUUCAGAAAGAGUCCGCAUAAUCGCGGCAAACCUUUGAGAAUCAAUGACGAUGAGAGAAACUCUUUGAACACCUCGAGCUCGAAAUCUAAAUAA